CCACUCUUCAGGGGUUUUCCUCUGAACUUUCUUGCCUUUCAUUUUUUGGAGGGGCCUAGGUUCCUGAACAUCUUCCUCCGAACGCCAAAUGCAAUGAUUCUUAAUCCCAAUAAUGUCAAUUCAUGAGUUCAGUCCAACUUAAUUUAUCUUCCCCUUUUCUUUAUGUAGAAUGUCAUUACGUUCGACCUAAUUCGACCAUCCUCUGCACAACAAUCUGCGGGCCAAGAUACGGCGCGUCAUUACAUUCAUUCUCCCCUCCAAUACCGACUGUUUUCUCCAAGCUACCAUCAAGCUCUUGCGAUUGGAUGGUUGCAUAAUAGGCUCCUUGAAGAAAAGCCAAACUAGCCAACCGGCCGAUACCUUGAGAAAAAGACCAAAAGAGGCAAUUCCGACAAAGAAUAAACGCCAACGUUAACCAUGUCGAGCACCCAAGUCGGAGGGGACUCGAAGCUGUUCGCUCGAGGCAAAGUCGCCGAGCUUCGAGUUGAGCUGAACUCGGGCGGAAAGAAGGACAAGAACUACACACAGAAGAAGAUCGCCCUCAAGAAGAUUGUCGCGAACAUGACUAUGAGCAACAAUGAGAUGGUCUCCCUCUUCCCCGACAUAAUAGGCUGCAUGCAAAUCCAGAGCCUAGAAAUUAAGAAGAUGUGUUUCUUGUUCUUAGUCAACUAUUCGAGAAUGCGCCCCGAGAUUGCAGUGAAGGCGAUACCGUUCCUGCAGCAUGACAUGGAAGAUAGUAACCCGCUAGUCAGAGCCCUGGCUCUUCGAACCAUGUCAUAUGUACACGUCAAAGAAUUCGUCGAAGCUACAGUCCCUCUUGUUAAGCGCUUGCUCAGGGACUCCGAUCCCUACGUACGAAAAACAGCUGCUUUCUGUGUCGCGAAGUUAUACGAUCACGAUAAGUACAUGGUUGAACAGUCCGACCUGAUAGAUAGGCUCAAUCAGCUCCUGAGAGAUGACAACCCUACUGUCGUAGCGAGCGCAUUGGCUGGUUUGAUGGACAUCUGGGAGCGCAGUGACUCCAUCAAGCUUACUAUCGAUUACAGCAACGCUUCCAAGAUGGUAGCAAUAUUACCAGAUUGUUCUGAGUGGGGUCAGACUUACAUCCUCGAAGCUUUAAUGUCUUAUGUGCCUCAGGAGUCAGGGGAAGCGACCUUGCUGGCUGAGCGUAUAGCGCCGCGGUUAUCACACUCGAAUUCUGCCGUAGUACUAACCUGUAUCCGCGUAAUUUUGUAUUUGAUGAACUACAUCGCAGAAGAGAAACAGAUCUCGGCGUUGUGUCGUAAAUUAUCUCCUCCGCUGGUAACGUUAUUGGCAAAGGGUCCAGAGGUGCAAUAUCUUGCUCUACGAAAUGCGCUGCUCAUACUUCAGAGAAGGCCGGACGUUCUGCGCAACGAUAUUCGCGUUUUCUUCUGCAAAUACAACGAUCCAAUCUACGUUAAAGUCACGAAGCUCGAGCUGAUAUUUAUGCUUGCCAACGAGAAGAAUAUCGACGAAGUACUAACAGAAUUAAGAGAAUACGCUACGGAAGUCGACGUGCAUUUCGUUCGUAAGGCUGUGCGAGCCAUCGGAAAGCUGGCCAUUAAGAUUGAACCGGCUGCCAGGCGAUGCAUAAACCUCUUACUCGAACUCGUCGCAACGAAGGUCCCGUAUAUCGUCCAAGAAGCCACCGUGGUUAUUCGCAAUAUUUUCCGGAAAUACCCCAACCAGUAUGAGUCUAUUAUCGGCACUCUUUGCGAACACCUUGAUUCUCUCGAUGAGCCUGAGGCAAAAGCUGCUAUGGUCUGGGUUAUUGGACAAUACGCAGACCGCAUCGAGAAUAGCGAGGUCUUACUUGAAGAUUUCCUGUAUUCGUUCUCGGACGAACCCGUGGAAGUCCAACUAGCGCUACUCACGGCCACAGUGAAGCUCUUCAUUCAACGACCCACCAAGGGUCAGGACCUCGUGCCGAAAGUCCUAAAGUGGGCUACGGAAGAGACCGAUAACCCGGAUCUCCGAGACCGCGCUUACAUGUACUGGCGCCUUCUCAGUACCGACAUGAACGUCGCUAAACAGAUGGUCAUGGGUGAAAAGCCUCCCAUCACGGCCGAGUCCGAGAAGCUCGAUCCCCAGACCCUCGAGGAGAUGUGCCUCAACGUCGGCACCCUAGCGACGAUCUACCUCAAGCCCGUCCAAACCGUCUUCCGCAGCGCGCGACCCCGCCGUCUACCCGACUCCCCUGCUCUCCAAAAACACGCCCUCCCCUCCUCCGCCAACCUGCCCACUUUCGAGGCCCAGAAGAGCCUGAGCAUGUUCGGCAUGGGCGGACAGCCGGCGGUCCUGCGACCGGACAGCAACGACGGGGUAGCGCGCGCCCACGCCACGGACGCUAGCAGCAGCAACAGCGGCAACGCCGACAACAUGGCCAACGCGGUCAGCGACGCGGACGCGUACUUCGCCGGCAUCGGCAGCCAGCAGAUGGCCGCCAUGGGCAUCCACGAGGCCGGCGACUCGUCCUUCGGCGGCGGCGGUAACGAGGCCUCCUACGUUGUCAACCAGUACGCCCCGCAGCAGGUCUUCCAGCCCGCGCAGGGCGUCGGGAGUAAUGGUGACUUGCUGAUUUUGUAGGUAGGUAAUCCUACCUAGGUACUUAUCUCCACGGCCUUACCUACCUUCCAACCUAUCUCAUCUUAUCCAUAUUGGAUUCCGAGAAUAGGAACUAUGGACAGUAGGAGCGAGGGUGAGUAUAAGAAUAUCUACCUAAAGCAGCAGAAACAACAGAGAUAUGUAAAGUGCUCGGUUGUGAAGAACCGUAGACGAGGGGGAAAAAAAACGUUAGAACCUACCCUACAAUAGGGAGAGGAAUGUGCAAAUUGUCAAGUAUAUGUAAAUACUGCCAUUGUGAAGACUAGAGAAAGCAAGCAAGCAAGCAUAGGGUAUUAUUGAUUUUUGGGAGGAGCUUGUACAUCAUUCACGACAUAAUUCAUUUUAGAAACCUUUCGGAUGCUACUGCUUAUAGUCCUUCUGCGAUUCAUGUGCUUCAUUUGCUUCAUUCGCUUCAUUUGCUUCAUUUGCUUCAUUUGCUUCAUUUGCUUCAUUUGCUUCAUUUGCUUCAUUUGCUUCAUUUGCUUCAUUUGCUUCAUUUGCUUCAUGUGC